AUGGCAGUUCGGGGCGCCCUAGGUGAGGAGUGGGACUCGGAGGAGGUGGAAGAAUGCGGGAUGGGGGCAGAGGGACCGGACCCAGCAGGGUUCUGGGACCAGCUGGAGGAAGAGAGAGAAAGAGGGGCGGGUAGGAGGGACAAGGCGAACCGCCUCCCCUCGCCGCCUCCCGGGCGCACGGCUCCGGUGCUGCUCGGGCUGACUCCGGCCGCCACAGCGGCUGCCGCUCAUUCACUCUUUAUUAGCUCCCUCCCCGCCCCAGCCCCUUCUCCAGUGAAGCUCCUCCUACCCACCUCCCGCCCUCCUCUUGUUUCUUUCACCUUCGAUUUCACUCUGGAAAGCCCUCGGGACCCAAGGGCAACCGCUGGAAGACAUCCCAAGGGGGUAGCUGGAGUGCUCCCUGGGAGGAGGAGCUGGAAGAGAAUCGACACCACGGAGGACACGGUCGCUCGCGCCGCUGCUGCCUGGCUGCGCCUGGCACCGACUCAGCCCCAGCGCUGCGUGUGCCAAGCGCUGCCAGGCGUAAGUCCGGUCAGCUGGAGGGACUUCUGGGGACCGGGAGAGGAAGAACAGGUUUGGCGAGGGCUGCAGCCUCACUUGCCACCAACAUCGACGCGACCUCGCAUACACGCUCACACGGACUGGAUGGAAGGCGUCCAACCUGAUAAAUUAUGGUGUAGAAGAAUGGCCUGCGUAGACGAGCCCUGGGUACUAAAGUUGCGAGAGCAAAGAGGACAGCGGGCUGCCUGCCACACCUCCGCCUGGCUUGGCCCCCUUCUGGCUGAGCGACGCGCGCCGUGGGACCACGAUGAGCACUACUGCAGCGCCCCCUGCUGCAUGGCAACCACAAUGCUUGGAAAACAGACCUGUAGAGGGCUGACCAACCCCGCCCCCCUCCCCUCCGCCCUCCGGGGGAAACACCUAACUGCGGAGCUUUCCAGGACUCUGGCAAGAAAUCGAAUCUCUUGGAUGUCUGGCAGUGGCCUGAAAAGUAGAUACGGUGAUUUGGGGUUCAGCGAAACACAGCUCCAUCUUUUCCUGAUUUCACGAAAACAAAUCUGUGUAGACACAGAUGAAAUGAUGAAUAUUUAUUAUACCUAUUUUGCCAUGCACGACAGACACAUUUUUGUUCCCUGAGACAAAAACAUACGCGAGCAUACGGAAAACAGAGUUGUAGCUUUAAAGGCAGAGACUGAUCUUUUACCUUUUUAUUGUAACUCCAUAACCUCUGCUUACUGUUGAAACCCAUCAAGUGCCUCGGUAUCUGUAUGCCUCCACUGCAUUUACAUGUUAAUAUUGGAACCUAAAAGGAACCUACGUGUAAUAGAAGUGAUUAUUUU